CGAGAUUGUCCAGCUUUUCCCUCUUCUUCAAAGCUCAAUACGUGGUUCUGUACAAAGUAAACUCGUCUAGGACAUCACCGUCAUGUCAGGAGGAACACACUUUACACUUUCACCUCCAGAGGGUACAGAGUUCAUAUUAUCCCCUCAAGCAGUGGAUUUUUUGUGUAUAUUACAUAGGACGUUUGAUAAACGUCGAAAAGAAUUGUUAGAAGCUAGGAAGAAAGUUCAAGAGGAAUUAGACAAGGGAAAACCACUCACUUUCCUUCCUGAAACCAAAGAGAUACGCGAUUCUCCCAGUUGGUCAUGCGCCCCUCCUGCACCGGGAUUGGAAGAUCGACGUGUGGAAAUUACCGGACCGACGGAUAGGAAGAUGGUGAUUAAUGCUUUGAACUCGGGUGCGAAGACUUUUAUGGCGGAUUUUGAAGACUCACUUUCUCCUACUUGGUCCAACCUAUUAAGCGGUCAGAAGAACCUUUACGAUGCCAUCAGGCGACAGAUCGACUUUGAAGUGGGUGGAAAGCAGUACAAGCUUAUCGAAAAGCCAGCUGUGCUUCUUAUUCGACCCCGCGGUUGGCAUCUCGACGAACCACGUCUUCUGAUCGACGGUCAACCCAUCUCGGGAUCAUUAUUCGACUUCGGGCUUUACUUCUUCCACAACGCAGCCGAGCUCGUCAAGCGUGGUCGUGGACCUUACUUUUACCUACCCAAGAUGGAACAUCACCUCGAGGCGAGAUUGUGGAACGAUGUCAUCUCUUUGUCCACUAGCAAGCUUGGUUUACCUCAAGGCUGCACCAGGGCAACGGUUUUGAUCGAGACCCUUCCUGCCGCUUUCCAAAUGGAGGAGAUCUUGUAUGAAUUGAAGGAACAUUCUUCGGGACUGAAUUGUGGGCGAUGGGAUUACAUCUUCAGUUUCAUUAAGAAACAACGCGCACACAAGAAUUGCAUCAUGCCAGAUCGAGAUGAUGUCAAUAUGACAGUCCCAUUCAUGGAUGCCUAUGUCCGGCUUCUCAUCCAGACCUGUCACAAACGCAAAGUGGCAGCUAUGGGAGGCAUGUCAGCUUUGAUCCCCAUCAAGAACAAUCCGGCUGCCAACGAUGCGGCCAUGGCUAAAGUGCGUGCGGACAAGCUUCGAGAGGUCAAGGCGGGUCAUGAUGGGACUUGGGUGGCUCAUCCGGCUUUGAUACCUCUAGCCAUGUCGGUCUUUGACGAGCAUAUGCAUGGGCCAAACCAGUACCACAUCCGUCGAGAAGAUGUCAUCGUUACUGAUAAACAAAUUGCCGAUCCCAAGGUUCCGGGCAAGAUCACUGACCACGGAGUGCGGAGCAACAUCUCUGCAGCGUUGUCAUAUUGCUCCGCCUGGAUAUCAGGGAACGGUUGCGUGCCAAUCAACAACCUCAUGGAAGACGCUGCUACGGCUGAAAUCGCAAGGGUUCAAUUAUGGCAAUGGUGUAACUAUGGUUUAAAGACCGAUUCGGGGAAAACAAUCUCCCCUUCUAAUUUGAAAUCGAUCUUUGAAGAAGAAUCCGCCAAGGUGGCCUCUCUACCAGGCAUUGACGCAAAACACGUGAAGAUCGCUUCAGACUAUCUCUUGAGUCAAGUGACGGCCAAGUGGCCCAGCGACUUUUUGACCAGUGACUUGAUGCAUCAUCUCGAAGGUGUAGGUACGGUGGGUGGAAGGGCGAAAUAUUAG